CCGGGCCAUGGCGGGCAGGCGGCCCGACAGCCCAAGCCCGACCCCCGUCUCGGGCCGGGAGGCAGCCCGGGCUCCGGGGCAGCGGACCGCAGAGAUGCCCGGCGCCCACCGACCUCCGCCUCCAAGCCCGCACUAGCCCGAGGCGCGGGAGCGAGAUGGCCAACUCGACGCCCGUCAACGGCAGCCACGGCAACCAGUCGAUGGAGCCGCUGUCCCACAACCGCUACGAGAUGGUGGAGAUGGUGUUCAUCGCCACGGUGACCGGCUCCCUCAGCCUGGUGACGGUGGUGGGCAACAUCCUGGUCAUGGUGUCCAUCAAGGUCAACCGGCAGCUCCAGACGGUCAACAACUACUUCCUGUUCAGCCUGGCCUGCGCCGACCUCAUCAUCGGGGCCUUCUCCAUGAACCUCUACACCGUCUACAUCAUCAAGGGCUACUGGCCGCUGGGGACGGUGGUCUGCGACCUGUGGCUGGCCCUGGACUACGUGGUCAGCAACGCGUCGGUCAUGAACUUGCUCAUCAUCAGCUUUGACCGCUACUUCUGCGUCACCAAGCCCCUCACCUACCCCGCCCGGCGCACGACCAAGAUGGCCGGCCUGAUGAUCGCGGCCGCCUGGGUCCUGUCCUUCGUCCUGUGGGCCCCGGCCAUCCUCUUCUGGCAGUUCCUCGUGGGCAAGCGGACCGUGCCGGCGGACCAGUGCUUCAUCCAGUUCCUGUCCAACCCGGCGGCCACCUUCGGGACCGCCAUCGCCGCCUUCUACCUGCCCGUGGUCAUCAUGACCGUGCUCUACAUCCACAUCUCGCUGGCCAGCCGCAGCCGGGUCCGGAAGCACCGGCCCGAGGGCGACAAGGAGAAAAAGGCCAAGUCUUUGUCCUUCCUCAGGAGCCCCCUCAUCAAACAGAACAACAACCCGCCCAAGAAGCCGGCCCUGGUGGCGGCGGAGGUGGGGGCGGGGGCGGGGCCGCGGGCGGAGGUCCGGAACGGGAAGGUGGAGGGGGAGCGGCCUCGCCCCCCGCCCACGCCCCGUCUCCCGGACGACAAGGACACCUCCGAGUCCAGCUCGGCCAGCGUCACCCAGAGCACCAGGGAGAAGCCGGUGACGGAGGAGGUGUCCGGCAUGGACGCCGGCCACAGCCCCGCCGCCCUGCCCCGGGCCCUCAACCCCACCUCCAGGUGGUCCAAGAUCCAGAUCGUGACCAAGCAGACGGGCGGCGAGUGCGUCACGGCCGUGGAGAUCGUGCCCGCGGCCGCGGCCCGGGCCCGGCCCGCCGCCAACGUGGCCCGCAAGUUCGCCAGCAUCGCCCGCAACCAGGUGCGGAAGAAGCGGCAGAUGGCCGCCCGCGAGAAGAAGGUCACGCGCACCAUCUUCGCCAUCCUGCUGGCGUUCAUCCUCACCUGGACCCCCUACAACGUCAUGGUGUUGGUCAACACCUUCUGCCAGAGCUGCGUCCCCGACACCGUGUGGUCCAUCGGCUACUGGCUCUGCUACGUCAACAGCACCAUCAACCCGGCCUGCUACGCCCUCUGCAACGCCACCUUCAAGAAGACCUUCAAACAUCUGCUCCUGUGCCAGUACCGGAACAUCGGCACGGCCAGGUAGGUGGGCCCUCGGCCCCCUCGUGACUUUGUUUCCCGACCGGUUCCCGGCCUUCCCCGGGGCCCUUCUGCUCCCCACCCGAAGGACAGCGAAGACGGACGGAAGGGCCCACCUGUUGGUCGCUGGCCCGAGGGACGCCUGGGACUAGGAGGGGAGUCGGGGCUGCCCCGAACGGAGCGCCCGGGGAGCUCCUGCCUGCCUCCGACCCUGGUCUCCGACCGCCGGAGCCCAGAGGGGCCCGGGGCGAGGCCGAGGCGGUCAAACUGAGUCUGGGGUCUGCUCUGGCUCCAGCGCGGGGUCUGCGGAUUCCAUUUCCGACGGUUGCCCGUCCGUCCUCCAGGCGUUUAAGACCAAAGAGGCUUCCUCCCCCCCAGGCCUGCCCCCCUCCAACACCCCUGCUCUGUCGAGGGAGCUCAGGAAAGGUGGAAGGCCGAAGGAGGGCCCGGAGUGGAGCACGGGCUGGAGAAGGGAGAAUGAGGGCCUGGUCAGUGGCGGUGGGGACGUGGAGGGGCAGCAGAUGCUGGGCCAGAGGCUCUGGCGAGGCUGGGAGAGGAGGCUGGAAACUCCAAGCCAAAGACGUCCCUUCCUCAGCUAACCAGGGGCCGUAGACAUGGAGAGGAAAGCAGAUGAUCUCCCUCCCCAGAAGGGAGCCGGAGCCAGUGGGGGAGCAGCCGGGAGAGUGGGCAGAGCCAGGGCCUGGCCGGGCUCCAGGGCUUUGGCAGGGAGGGCGGGGGAGAGGAAGGAAGGGGAAGAGGAGUGUUUCCUGUGGGGAGGGAGGAGAUGGGGAAUGGGUCUCCUUGGGCCCAGAGGAGACCAGUUAGCUGUGUUUUGGGGGGAAAAGGGAGCCCACCCCCAGCUUUUGUAAAUGGUGCUGCCUGCCCUCGUCCUCCUCUUCCCUGUCCCAGCAUCCCUCUGCAUGCAAGGCUCAGCCCUUCGCUCCCUCCCACCAGGAAGCCCACCCCUCCCCAGCGGCUCGGGAUGGGGUGUGGGUGGGGGCUGGAGGGAGGAGAAAGGGAAACCCCCCCCGGGCGGGCGACCCCAGACCGAGUGUCCGCCCCAAGGGCCCCUCCCAGACACCCCCGGGGCCACUAUCAGUUCCAGAUGUCUGCCCCGACCCCACAGCCUCAUCCCUGUCCUGCUGUUUUUUCCACUGGCCUCGAGCCAGGGGGGUGCCCCAUCCUGUCCCCGGCCCCUGCCCUGCCGGGCCCAGAGCCGGGGCCGAGCACCGAGGCCUGCCACCUCACACGACAUUUAUUUAGUUAAUCUAGCGAGUGCACCCCCUUCUAGGCCCCACCCCUAUUAGGGCACAAGUAUUGACAUUUCUAAAACCCGCACCUCCCGGCGAUCCCCCCCACAGCCCCACUGCAGCCCCUAAAAGAAAUUAGCGUGUGUCUCCCGAGGGCGGGCGUGUGUCUUGCUGCCUCAGUUCCUUGGACUCCUUCUGUUGCCAUCCCUCCCCGCCACCCCCGACCCCCAGGGCCGGGCCGAAGCGGAGGCAGUUGAUCUCACAGCCUGAACUGCAACUGUGGGUUGCAGCUCCUUUGCGGGAGCUGUUUUUCAGAGACAAGGUUGAGCUACAGUUGCUUCCUGGAGGCAGGGACACGGCCUAGGUGAGCUCCCCAGCCCCCCUGCCCUUCCCCAGCCUGUCAGACAAACCCUCCCCUCACACUGGAUGCAGUGGGGCUUGAGGCCUUGGGCCGGGAUGCUGCUGCCUUUGAUUCUCCUUCCUUCCUCCUCGCCGCCCACCUUCUCCUUCUCCCCAAACAAGCGUGGACCCUGCUCUUCUCCCCUCGCCGUUCAUGGGGGUCACAGAUCUGCUGGGAGAAGGCGGGGGAGUUGGGGGCGUGAUGGG